CAUAAAUGUAACGAAGAAGAAGAUGAAGCGGAAGAUGAUGACGAAGAAGAAGAAGACGACGACGCCGGAAAACGCCAUUUUGUUGUUGGACCGGACCGACGGAGAAGGAUCGAGAAGCACUAGUAAAGGUGAGCCAGGAUGGGGAAUUUCGCUAGCCUGUUCAAAGGCCUCUUUGGCAAGAAAGAGAUGAGGAUCCUGAUGGUAGGACUGGAUGCUGCUGGAAAGACUACCAUCCUGUACAAGCUCAAACUGGGAGAAAUUGUUACCACCAUCCCUACCAUCGGUUUUAAUGUUGAGACGGUCGAGUUCAAGAACAUCAGUUUUACAGUGUGGGACGUUGGCGGUCAGGACAAGAUCAGGCCACUCUGGAGGCAUUAUUUUCAAAACACACAAGGCCUCAUCUUCGUAGUGGACAGUAACGACAGGGAGCGAGUGGGUGAGGCGAAGGAAGAGCUGUUGCGAAUGCUGGCUGAGGACGAGCUGAGGGAUGCCGUGCUGCUUGUGUUUGCCAAUAAACAGGACCUGCCCAACGCCAUGAACGCAGCUGAGAUCACAGACAAGCUGACCCUGCACUCCCUGCGCCAGCGCAACUGGUAUAUCCAGGCCACAUGCGCCACCAGUGGAGACGGUCUCUACGAGGGUCUGGACUGGCUUUCGAGCCAGCUAAAGAACGCAAAAUGAUCCAUCACUCCGCCUCCCUGUCUGUCAGCUCAGUCUGCAGUGUUCUGGGAGACAGCACUGGUCUCGGUCUCACUCUCUCCUCUCUUUUUCUCUAAUUCCUCUGCAGCGUUGGACCUUUGGCCAGUGCUCCCCCUGCAUCUGUGUACUGUACGGGUGUGUUUGGAUGAGCAUUUUUGAAUGAAUGUAUGCAUGUGUGUGCGAGCUAAGUGGGAGCAGCCCUGCUGUGCCUUGAACACAGUUAGCUCUCAAAGUCACCUCAUUCCUCCAGUGCCGGCACAUCCAAAGGUACUGGUUUUCACAAAGCAAAGACCAGCGCAAGAUGUUGAGUGCUGUGCGUCGUCUCUCAAAAUAUAUUUGCAAAGAGAAAAAACCAAAAGGUAAUAGUUCCGUUAUUAUAUCUGCUAGUAACAUAAAGGCCUUUUUGAUAACUGUUGAUUUAGCCUGCAAAGACACCCAGUAAACUAAAAUGUAACCUCUGUAUGUUUGGUCAAAUAAAAUAUGAGAUCUGACAUCCUGAAGCAGUUCACAUUCUUUUGAUAAUUUUAGGCAUCAAGGGUCAAAAAGAUCAAGUCAGACAUUCAGUUUUUCUGAUUCCUGUAGAGAAAGUUUCCUCAUUUGUUGAAGUUUCUCCAUAGUUUUAAAGUUCAGCUCAGUCCCAAUUUGUUUCUGAAAUUAGGUCCUGUGGUUUUCACACACAGGAUUAGAAGAUCCAUUAUGCCUGGGUCUACAAACGGCAAUAAAUGUUGCAGCGCAUGUUUACAUAUGUGGAGGAGUGUGAGUGUAGCUACUGCGUCCUUGGUGGAUGCAUGUGUCCUCGGGGGGACUGUGUGGGUUUUCGUUACACCCGGUCCUUUGGAACGAUGAGGCCCGUUUUUAGAGUUGCUCCCACUCUGGCUUUAUAUUUACUGGUAGACAGAUUUUCUCGUGUAUGUAGUUCCCUGGGUUAACGUCUGUUUUCUAUUGUUUUUUUUUUUUUUUAUAAUAAUGUUAGUCUUGCAUGACCUGGUUUACUUUAGCAUGAGCCUGACGUGCCAGGUGUGCCCUCCUUUUUGAGUUAAACGCUCUCGGGACCAAUUGGUUGGCCUCAGAAAGGGGCUCAUUGUGUUCAGUUCGGUUUUGGUUUCGCCGGUUCUCGUGUUUUCCAGCGUACGCACACAUACUUCUGACCACACAGUCAGCGCUGUGAUGGACGGUACAUUUUAAUCAGAAGUGCAUCAAUCAGCUCUGUAAAUGCUUCAGGCUUCAUGGUGUUUUCUGUGCAUGCAGCUAGGGCGUGUUGUUAUUUACAUCCAAUUAUACAGUUUGCACAACCCCAUCAGCUUGCACAACACAGGCCAGUGUGAAAACAGCAGUUUAUCUCGACGCAAUAACCCUCGCCACCGCUCUACACCAGCAGACAGUUACAAUGUGCAAGUACGAAUGUUCAACCAGCAACAGAAUAGUUUCCACUCGCACCCACUGAUCCCAAAGGCUCCCAUGAUUACUAAACACACAGCCCCUUACUAACUGAAGAUGACUCUAAGGUCAUAAUAUCACGCUGACCUCAAAAGGGAGUUUCAUGUUCCCUUUUUGUUUUUCUACAACUGGAUGUUUAGAUGUAUCUUUUGAAAGUCGUGUAACUGAAUGACUAAUCUUUUUGGCUUUCUUUGUCCUUUUAUGUUAUUUUUCCUUCGUAGAGACAUAAUCUGGUAAACGGCAAGAGAUACAAAUGUAUAUAGAAUCCUGUAUUUCGACUUGACAUCAUCCACCUACCUUUGUUCAGAUGUGAAGCUUUAAUUUCCAAAGUUGUUUCUGUACAAAUGACAUGGUAUGUGCAUAUGUAUUUCUUAAUUACCUUUUACGCUUUUUUUAAACUCAUCUUGUAACAUCUGAUAAAUGCACUAUAAUAAAGAGAUCUCUAUUGUA